CUCUUCUUUCUUCCAUUUCCUCAAAGUUCAGUUCCAAUUCCUAAUUUCCUGUUUUAAAUGAAUGGCCUUUCAAAGGUCACUCAACUUCCUCAUUAUAAACCAAGUUGAGUGCAAAGGUUUUGACUGCAUCGAACGUUUCUUGCUUUGUUCUAUUGAUACAUUGAUUCUUUUGAAAUUUCUUAUCUUUUCUAAAAUAAAUACUAGGAUCAUACCAACAAACACAGUCUUGAGUAUUCUUCAAAAAUUGUAAACAAGUCAUAAGACCUCGUUCGCCGAAAACGUCCUUCACUUACUUGCCAUCGGAUUUCCCAUCUUUUGUUGAACCAGAAGACUCGUAUUGCUACCUCACCCUCCAUUUUGAAUACUUUUCCAACUAUGAAGCCUACCACUAAAAAUAUUUUAAUUGGUCUAUCAAUUGUAAUCACUGUUAUUUUAAUUGUUCUUCUCAUUUCAUUUGUUGUUAUUUACGCUAUGAAUGUAGUUGAACGUAAUGAAGAUCACAAAAAGUUAGGACAUUGUGUUCCUUUAAUUGACUCUGCAAUCAAACUGGAAAACUCAUUCAACUCCACACAUGGAUUUUUAGAAAAACCUACAGAAUACAAAGCCCUCGCUGAUCAAUGUGAUAAAGCAAUAAGUUGCGUUGGAGUUGUAGACUCGCAUGUGUCAGCCGAUAUACUGCAUACAUUCUCUUCUUGCCAAUUUUAUGUAUUCUACAACCAAGAUUUUGCAGACUGUGCAAACAAGCUAUUCGACAAGAGGAACGAAGAAAAAGCUUGCUUGCAUACUCUAUUCAAUGAUUUUCAUGGAACCAGUAAGGAAAAAUGCUUGAAAUGGAAUGAUAUACAAGAAUGCAUAAAAACACAGAUCAGCACCAUUUGUGGCGACGAUAUGACGAGACGUUAUGAGAAGGAGGCCGCAAACCUUCGUUCAUCGAUCUGCAUCGGCAGUGUUGAGAAAGACUGAAUCGUUUUUUUGUAACGGAAAUACAGUGUAUUAUAGUUAAAAUAAAUUAUUUCUUCCUUUUCUGAAUUUUUUUUUUGAGAAAAAGCAUCUGGGAAAUCUGUA